GGCACUAGGCAGAUGGGGAGUUCUAUAAAGGGUGCUCCUCAGCCAGCCUCCUUCUCAUUCAUCGCCUUCCCCCAACCUUGGUGUAGUUUGAGCUCUUCUCUGCUGAGAGGAAAAGGCCGCCGAGAAGUGCUGCCUAGCCAUCCCCUGUCUGCCGGCCAAGAACGUCCAGGUAAGCCGACCAUCAAUCCAUCGCCCUGCCCUGUAUCGUCACUCUCGUCCCCGGUUUCAGUCGGCAAUCCGAGGGUGGAAUCUGCUCCCUCACUUGGGAUGCGUCCCCACCAUGAUCCGCCGCCCAUGUACUUGGUUUCGAGCCAUAUUACUAAUUGGCCUUCAUCUCUGAUGCAGGAAAACUUGAUGGAUCGUGCUGGUGAGGACCAGGUUGUGAAAUUCAACCUUGAUGAAGUCCAAUCGCCUAAAUUCCGUGCCUCUCGUACCCUCUUGGGCCGAAUAUUUACGGGGAACCAGCUCACAAACACUGAGCUUAGAGAUGAAUUGAGUGACGCGUGGCAAAUGAGAGGACACCUUCGGGUUUUGCGAACCAAGCAUGGAUUGAUCGAGAUCGUUUUGCCAAGUGAAGAAUCCAAAAUAUGGGUUUUAAAAAGGACCCCGUGGGUGAUUAAAGACAAACUAAUCAACCUUCGCUCCUGGACAUCUAUGAUUAAUAAGCAGAUCUUUGACGAUCUUGUUGUUGCUCCAUUCCGCAUCCAGCUCUAGGACGUGAAGGAGGAUUGUUGUACCAAACAAUUCGGGCAAAAACUUGUAGCCCCCACCAUUGGUCAGGUCCUUGAAUCGGAUGUCUUCACCUGCAAAGACACGGGAGGGAAUUUUGUGAAAGUUCGUGCUCUGGUGGAUUUUUCAAAGCCUUUGAGGUCCCAACUUAUGGUGGUUAGUGAAGAAACCGGAUACUUCUGG